UCCCAGGUUUAGGCCGGGAGAGGAGGGCGCAUCUCUCGGGACCUCACCAUGGGCAAUGCGUCCAAUGACUCUCGGGCCGAGGACUGCGAUUCUCGACAAUGGCUCCCCUCGGGCGAAAGCCCAGCCAUCAGCUCCGUGAUGUUCUCGGCCGGGGUGUUGGGGAACCUUAUCGCGCUAGGGCUGCUGGCGCGCCGCUGGCGGGGGGACGCGGGGCGCCGCGCCCGCGGUAGGACUACCAUCUCUUUGUUCCACGUGCUGGUGACCGAGCUGGUGUUCACCGACCUGCUUGGGACCUGCCUCAUAAGCCCCGUGGUGCUGGCGUCGUAUGCGCAGAACCAGACCCUGGUGGCGCUGGCGCCCGAGAGCCGCGCGUGCACCUACUUCGCCUUCACCAUGACCUUCUUCAGCCUGGCCACGAUGCUCAUGCUCUUCGCCAUGGCCCUGGAGCGCUACCUGUCCAUCGGGCAUCCCUACUUCUACCAGCGCCGCGUCACGCGCCGCGGGGGCCUGGCCGUGCUGCCUGCCAUCUACGCCAUCUCGCUGCUUUUCUGCUCCCUGCCGCUUCUCAACUAUGGGCAGUACGUCCAGUACUGUCCCGGGACGUGGUGCUUCAUCCGGCACGGGGGGACUGCAUACCUGCAGCUCUAUGCCACCCUGCUCCUGCUCCUCAUCGUCGCCGUGCUCGCCUGCAACUUCAGUGUCAUCCACAAUCUUGUCCUCAUGUACCGCCGGGGCAGGAGAAGCCGCUGCGGACCCGUCUUGGGGAGCUGCAGCAGCGGGCCCGGCACCCGAAGGAGAGGGGAAAGGGUGUCCGUGGCUGAGGAGACGGACCACCUCAUCCUCCUGGCCAUUAUGACCAUCACCUUCGCUGUCUGCUCCUUGCCCUUCGCAAUUUUUGCAUACAUGAAUGAAACCUCUUCCCGAAAGGAAAAAUGGGACCUCCAAGCCCUUAGAUUUUUAUCAAUUAAUCCAAUAAUUGACCCUUGGGUCUUUGUCAUCCUUAGGCCUCCUGUUCUGAGACUAAUGCGUUCAGUUCUCUGUUGUCGGGUUUCAUUAAAAACACAAGAAACGGCACAAACUUCCUGUUCUACACAGUCAAAUUCCAGUAAACAGGCUGACCUUUGUGGACAGUAAUUAAGAAGUGCUUAGAUACCAGCAUCUGGAAGAUCAUUUUAAAAUGAUUCCUUGGAGAAAUGAAAAAAAUAGUG